CAGAGGUUUUCCGUGACACGUACACCGGCAAAGUCCCCUGGGAAGUUGCUGUUUACCUGUAUUCGACACAAGCCGGCGGUAUUCAGUCACACAGUCACACAAGUGGAAUAUGGCUAACACUGAUAACAUAAAUGAAUGCAUGACAAACGACAGUUUGAAUGGGAAAUCGAGCUCAGGAGAAAGUCUUAAAUUUGUAAAGAAGCUGUACAUACACGGAGGAAACAUUUCCAAUUGGAAUAGAAUCAAAAGGAAAACCACCCCAAGUUCUGCGGAUGAAGUAAGUUUGAUCAUCGAUGUUAGCGGUAACAAUAUAACGUGGCUCAGGAAAAGACAAGUUAUAAAUUAUUCGUCUUCAUGUUGCAAAAAGGCAUUUUUUCACCUUUCGAAAGCUUGAAGUCCAUUUUUCUCUCCCACACAAACGUAAAAAGUUUAAGAGUUUUUCUCGCUGAGUCACCCUCAUUCAAUGGGCGUUUCGCUUAAAUCGUCCAUCUGCACGAGAAACUUAGAUGAACAAGUGAACUAAUCCUCUAUUAAUGCACUAAACGAUCGCGGUAUUUAUGUAUUUUUUUCAAAUUUGUUAUUCUUGUAUGGGCUCUGAAUUGCAAAAAGUUAUUUUCAUCCUAAGCUCCUGAUGAUUUUUGUUUAGGUGUAGAGGAUGAGGUCAUGAAACAUGAAAUUCACCUGAUCGUGACAAAGCAACUUCUGCCGACAAGCCCGGGGCUUUAAAACCAAAUUAAAAAAAGAUAUUCUCGCCUUCAUUUACUUUUCGAACAAAAGAAUCAGUUUUUUGCUUUCGAGAAAGCGAUAGUCAAAUUUACUGUCGUUCCAAAUUUAUUCGACAAGUUUUCUGUUGAAAUUGUUUUCGUAUCUUAGCUCAGCUAAACAAGUCAAGGUGAACGUGAUUUCCUGAGUCAGCCAUGCAGAAACAUGUAAGUGUUGACAACUGAGUUGAAAAUGUAAUGUAAGAGUUUAAAGGUGUUAGCCCUUCGUCAGAACGAUUGGAGAAAUUGUGUGUUGUGUGUGGGUUUAUAUGCAGAAAGUGGAACUACCCUAUUGGUGGGAAUAUGGUGACGAGUAAACAAGAAUGAAUUAGGUGUAUGAAAAGCGCUCAUUGAUAGCAUGGGUUAAUCCCCACGGUAUCAACGAGUGCUUUUUCUUCACCUAAUUUAUUCUUGUUUACUCAUCCCCAUAUUCCCACCAAUAGGGCCAUUUUCUACAUAAUUAUAAACCCACACACAACCCACAAUUCCUUCAGUCGCUCUGACAAAGGGCUAACGCUCGAAACGUCAGCCUUUAAACUCUUUGCAGAGGCCAGUUUACGUUUUCAACUCAGUUGUUAACACUAAAUUACCUGCUAUACUCUCCCACCAAUGCAGCACCACACUUUCUUUAGAAACUUAACCCCUUUAUUCACUUGCAGAAACAUGUCAGCUUUAGUCAACAUCAAUGCAAUUUUGAAAAUAAAUUGAAGAAAUGAUUAAUGCGAUCAACUAACAGUUUGCAAACACAUGUGUAGGAAUUCUUUAACUCUUGCUCCCCUUAACUUAAAUUAAAAAGGGAAACAUAAUGCGAAAUCUCAGCUUGAUAAUAUCGCAAUUUCUUGUAUUAAGUUGUGUACUUAGUUGCCAAGCCUUUGAUUUGGAGUGAGGCUGAAGUUGACCAUGUUGACAGUGAUAGAGCUUAGUAUCUAGUUAGUACGAUAAGGAAGUCAUUUACUAUUGAAAAGAAGCAUGGUUUGUAUCAUAACUGCUCUGUUACAAAAUUAACUGCAUAUUUUUCAUCACAGCUUUCAGAGAGCAUUGGAACAACGUUGAACAGUUUGCUUCCCACGAACAACAAUGAUCAGGAAUUUGUUCCAGUAAGUUGAAUUAAGUGUGUCCAGGUUGAGUUAACCUUUGUAUUUUGUGCAAGUGUUUGAUGUAGUGCCCCCCUUAAGGUAUUACCCCUAACUUUGGAAUAAGAAUUUCAGGGUUUAGUCUGUAGAUCAUUAUUUGGUUACCCUUUCACCCUGAGAAAUUAUGGUUACAUUUUGAUACAAAACUUUUCAUUUUGCAUUUUAGCAAAAGGCCUUAAGAUGUAUAAACAAAAAAUUUGUGGAGAAAAUAGAACGAGGAGAAAGGGAACAUCUCAAAAUUUCAGGUAUGUCUAAGCAUGUAUGGAAGUUGUUUUGUUCCCAAUGUAAGCACUGGGAGAAGAGGACAGAUGAUGGGCUUAUAAUGUAAACUCAAUGACUGCAAUUUUUUUUUCAUCUGAGCUGUCACCCAGAAAUAAUAGAUACCCUAUACUAUGUUUCUGUUUUGUCUUGAACUAACUCUGUUCAUUUAUUUCAAUUGGAACAAAACUUAUUAAUAUUCAUGACAAGAACUCAGACAUUUACAUUUCUUUAACCUUGCUCGGAGAAAUAAGUACAUUGUUAUCUUCUCAACUUUGUAUUGCUUACAAUACCUGUCAUAUAAAGGGAGUAUUUAAGUUGUCUUAGUCAUGCAUUCACUGUAUUCUGGUGUUGUAACAUUUCAAUCUUGUAUUGUUACUUGCUCUUGAAAAAAAAAAAGAUUUGCAUUGUUUACAUUUUUCUUCGUUAGUAUACAUGUUUUCAUGGAAAAACACAUGAAAUUAUUUCAAAAGUUUAAAUAGCAUGAUGACUUAGAGUUUGAAAUAUGUAAAACUCUAAAACUUUCUGGGUGCUAAUACCAAUGAUCACAUGCAUUCUUUGUGAUACUUUCUUAUUUUUGAACAUCUUCUGGCUGAUCGAAUUUUAGAUGUAUCAGACUGGACAUUUCAAAGAAGGGUAUAAGAUAUGUCCCAUGCUUCAAUAAUUUGGUAGCAACAUUUUUGUAGCUUGAUAGGAAACUGUAGAGCUCAUGCCAAUGAGCCAAAAAAUGUAAACAAAGAUUCCCUCACAUGCUUAUCUUUGGUUGAAGACCCAUCAUAUUUCCAAUGAAACUGAUAGUGUAUUUGCAAGCUUUAGUAUCUUUUCAAAUAGAACACUUGUCAAAAGUUUCAAUCUCACAAAAUUGAAGAUAUAUUUUAAACCUUGGGAAAUGAUCAAUAUGAUAUCUUUAUUGGUUUUGUCUCUUAUUUUAUCCAUCAGUGAAGAUAUUUGCCAUUGAACUAAACCCUGCCUUUGUCCAAGAUGCAUUAUUUAGAGGUGAGACUGAUAAUAUGCAUGUCAAUGAUUCUUUACAUCCAGUGUAGUGAGCAUUAUUGGCAGGAGAUGAGGUUAAAACCACAAAAAAAUUAUAUAGUGAAAGGGAAAUAACACAAAGACAAGUGUUUGCCAGCAGAUUCCAUUAUUGUGCAAAUGGCAUCAAGCAAAAAUGAUAGUCUGCAAUGGCAUUUCUCCUCCCUUUUUAAAAUAUCAAAACUGACUAAUUCCUGUUAUGAGCCUUUGCUGUACAAGAAAAAUUUUAUUUUAGAGAGAAGUCCAGCUUAGUCUGAAGUGCAAUAUUUUCAUCUUGGGCCAAUACAUUUUAAGGGCAAACAAAGUUUGUUUCUGACUUUCCUAUAACACACUAGUCAAAUUGGAUUUUAGAUUUUCUCCUGCACUCCACAGAGGCUGUUUGUCCAACAGCCAAAACUGUAUGUACCAUACACAGUUUUUGCUAAGAUCUGGUAUUAUUUGCCAAAACACAAUAUUGUGUUUUAUCAUGAUUAUUAACACUGAUUAACAAUUAUAUCAAAUUUUUUGACAUAACUUUUAAAACUUAAAUUUUUUUUCCUAUAGCCAUGUGUGAGUUGGGAAUUGAUUUUGUGGAAACAUUGAUUUUGGCAUUGCCUGAAAUUCCAGAUGAUGAGCAGCUCUCAGCUCUGAAAGGUUUCUGGGAGGUAUGUUUUUAAAAAAAAGACAGAUACCAGAUUAUUAAUAUUUUGUGCAAUUACAUGAUUGUAUAUUGGCAGAUCACUCUGCACUUUAUUUACUGUGUGUGCACUUCUCGCAUGCUUCUUAGACAUGUACCAGGCAAUAAUUUCCAGUAUAAGAUUUUGAGUUUGAUACAUUUUAAUCACUAAAUCAUAAUCAUUAUAUAGGAAAUGGAGGUUUUGAUGGACAGUGGAUAUGUGCACAGUCUGGGUGUCUGUGACUUGGACAAGAAUGCACUGGAAAAACUUUAUGAAUGGGCAAGGGUAUGUUUUCACACCUUGUGUUACACUGUACAUUAAACAAGUUUUUUCAGCAGAAAUUUUAGACCUUUAGCAUUUUCACCACAUUGGCCAAGUAUACUUGUUGGGUCCUUGAUACUUGAUGACCUGUACUGUCUCAUGAUGUAACUCAUAUUUCGUCUAAUUUGUAUUUUUGCUGCAGCUAGUUUAAAUUUCUUGCUUGAAGUUCUGGGUAAAAAAAACUUUAAGCUUCAAAUAAAAAAAUUCCACCCACUGCAACCUAAACACUUGCAUAGUUUAUGUACACUGGCAUGUAUAAUCCUCUUACUAACUGCUGCUAAUUGUUUUUUAUUUCUUUCCAGAUCAAACCUGAAAUCAAUCAAGUUAAUCUUGCUUCAUGUUGUGUCAUGCCGAAGGUAUGGGCUUGUUGGUACAAUCAAAUUAUGUAAAUUAUCCACAUACUUAAUCCAUAUACUUGUUGUGUCAUGCCAAAGGUAUGAGCUUGUUGAUAAAAUCAAAUUAUGUAACUUAUCCAUAUACUUAUAAUAUUAUAAAUGCUCUGAUUUUUUUAGCAUUUUGUUUGGUUACUUUACUGUAAUUUGUUGGUGUAGGUUUUGUUUCUCAAAAUUUGUCCUGUUUGUGUUGUUUCAUGUCUAAUAAUACCUGUAUACGAGGACACAAAAAAUAUCACUGCUGAGCUAAGCUGCUCAAUCCAAUCAAUUUAAGUUUAAUUAGACCUCCCCUUUGGGAGAUGGAUUUUGCAUAUCACACCGUCAUGUUUGCCAUGCACCAAUUGGCUCUGUGGGACAUUUUUAUAGUUUAAAAUUAGAUUCCCUGACUCAUACAGGAAGCUGCCAGAAUUUUUGACAGAAUUAGAUAUAUGUAUAUCAUGAUGGAAGAAAAACAAGUGGAAUUUUUUAUCCAAUUCAUUUUUUGAAUCUUAAAUACUUAAAUCUUCAAUAAAGAAUUGUAUAAAAACCCCAGUCGUCAUCUCCUCCAUUGAGACACACUUACAUGUAUAUUCAAUUCAACUAAAAACUGAAACGGGGAGACUGGGUACCUGUCAUUCAUGUAACAUGUUUUGAAUUGUAUCCUUUAGGAGCUUGUAGACUUUAGUGAGAAACAUGACAUCCAGCUCCUGACACAUGCUGAUCCAAAAGGUACUGAAAACUGAUCCAAAACUUUUCGUUGAAAUCAUUGUUGGACACCAAAAUUCUUGCAAUUACAAGGGGUGACAUAUUACACCUUAUCUUGAAGUAUUUAAAUUUUACUUGUCUUCCUUAGCUUAUUCAGGAUACAUAGUGCACCGAAAAAGAAAACAAAUGUUUGUCAUACCAAGCUCAAAAUUAACCAUCUUUCUAAUUUUGUUCUUAUUUUUUGGUAUAAUUACCAGCACUGAAUGAACAAGCUCUGUAGUUAAGGCUAGCGUGGGAAUUUAAUCCCUUUUUAAAUCCAAGACUCAAAACCUCAUCCUUCGGUUCCUCUUUUCAGAUAUCCUGACCAAGGGGAGACUCGAAGAGGUGCUGAGAGAGAGCUACGAAAAUGUACCGGUCCAAGGAUGGAGACCUGCGUGGGCUCUGAGGUAUUCAGUGCUGGUUAAAUGUCGUGGAGUUAUAAAGAACAAAGGGUAGGUUGAAAAAUUCAUGACGCUGUGAUCUCCUAACUGUUCCUUGUCUGAAUUACAUGCGCUCAGCCGCGGAUUGAGUAUAUUUAGGUAGAUUAUUAGGAAAUGAUCACUAACUUACGAAGUUCCUGAUCAUUAAAUAAAUUCUCCUUUUCAGCGCCCUAGGAAGUGUAAAGAGAAUCGUAUGGAGAACAUACAUACUGAUAUUAGGAUGUAAAGGGUUAAAACCUUUAUUUCUUUCUCUUUAGGUACAUAGUCUUCUGCGAACAGGAUUAA